AUGCAUGACAAGGUUCAAGAUAAAUAUCGAAUUGCAAAAAUAAGCAUUUGGCCAUGUCUUCUUAUUGUGGAGUCUGCAACUUGCAAGCAGAAAGGAAGGCUCAUUUCCGCAAUGAAAUCAGGAUAUAUAUUGGCCCAUGUUUUACUAGUGCUGGGCUUUAGACUGAUGAGGUCCGAAGAGUUGGCCCACAUUCAGGUUCUCAAACAUACGUCUCAUCAAUCAAAGACAAAGCCAUUAUCUGUUUGUGAGUGCGUCAAAGAGGCGGUGCGAUCACACAAGGUAGAAACCGACCAUAAUUUCUCAAUCAGCCUCUCAUGGACUUCAAGCCUAUCGAAUAAUACCCCUGAUCUCGCUGACGUCACCGCAAAUCGCACUUGA